AUGGCGGCGCCCGGCGCGGCGGUGAGUGAGGGGCCCGGGCGGCUCCGUGCCCUCUCCCCCGCCCGCCCCGCGCUGAGACCCCGCUUCCCUCCUUUCCCCCCGCAGGAGCAGCGCUGGCUACGGGCGGCGCGGGACUUCGUUCGCGGGGCGCUGGCGGGGCCAGACGGGCAGGAGGCAGAGGCGCUGGAGGCGGUGCUGCGGUGCCUGCGGAGCGCGGGCGGCGGGGCGCUGCCGCUCGGCUGCAGUUUCAUCUCCAUCUCUGACCUACAGCAUCAGCAGCGCAUACCGUGCUGCAGCCACCUGAGCUGGAGCACUAAGGAAUUUAAGGAAUGGUCUAAUCAAGGACAAGGUGCUUUACCCAUGCAGCACACUUUGCCAAGGACUUACCUGAUCCUGGUUGGCUAUUUAACAGAUGGAAGGCAAGACAACAAAGAAAAGCUGGUAGAUGGUUGCCUGUAUGUGAAGGACAAUUCUGGGAUAAUUCCAUGUGAGCUCUUGCACUUUGAACUGGACUGGCUGGACUCACUGUUUGUCUUCCCAAGCUGGUCAUAUAUCCCACAGACAGACCAGAGUGCAGCAGGGUACUUGGAAAUCCUGGUGGAUCCAAUGCCAGUAAAUGCCCUCAAGGAAGUACUUCACAGCAUUCCUGUCACCUCCCCAGUGCCAGCUGAGCCACUGCUUACCUCCAGGAUUCUGCGUAAGAAAAGAUCAAAGCUUACUGUAGCAGGGGAAUUGACCAGACUCGGGCCUCUCCUUUGUGUUCACCACAAGACAUUCUUCUUUCUGUUUCUGAAGUGCUUUGCAUCUGCUGUUUGUGUCCCUGUGCUGGUGCAAAAACCCAGCCAGCUGCUGUGGCAUCGUGUCUUCCAGCUGGGUCACAGGUACACAGUCACAGGCCUGAGUAUGUCCAGCCUGAAGAAAUCUGGACAAACAGUGUUCAUCACCAGUGCUUCUUCCUGCCUUCUGCCCUACUGCGCAGAGCAGGUGAGGGAGCAGCCACUGGACAGUGCUUCACAAGGAGAAUCCACUCAGUCUUCUUCCCUUGAGGCUGCUGAGCAGCUCAGUUGCUCCUUGCAGCUGGAGGCUGAAGAGGAGAGGCCAAGACCAACCAAAGAGUCCAGGAUCAUCUCCUAUGUGGGAUUUGUCACCAAAGUACUCAAUGUCCAAGCUGGUCUCUUUUUACUGGAUAACCAAGUCUGCUUGUGCCUUGCUUACCAGCCCCUGCUGAACUCUGCACGGGGCCUCCGACCGGGAGCCUGUGUGCAGCUCAUCGACGUCCACCUCCUGCAGAAGCCUCUGGCCUCCUUCCCCUUCACUGUACUCGGUGCCUGCCUGAACAGCAUGGUUGUGCUGAAGAGUUUCUCAAGGCUCAGCACCCCCUACGAGCCCCUGGCCUCUUCAGGAAAUCUCUGCUUGCAGCUGCUCUUCCGCUUCAAUCUGGGAAUGCCGCUGUACCUCUGGCUGGUGAGCCUCCUGGAGACCUUUGAGCAGAGGUUUUCUUGUUUCUUUGGGCGCCGUCGACUGCUUAGCUCUAUGCACCAAAACCCUGGAGCUGCUGAAAAGUUCCUUGUCCCCCUUCUGCAAGCUAUGGUGCCAGACAGAGAAGAAGCAAGAGAUAUUUAUAAUGAAAUUCUAUCAGAAAUACACCAGUGUCCCCUGCAGAAAUACUUGCCUGUGAACCCUCCAUGCCAGGCCCCAUCUCUGUCUGCAGUUUGCCGUGUGGCAGAGCAGAAGAGCUGGGAGGGCUUCAGUCCAUCCCAGUUGCUUUCCCCCUUGGAGGCACAGCACAUGGGCACCCAGGAGCUGAAUCGCAGACUGGCCUGGUCCUACUGCACACUCUCAGCUGAAAGUUUCCAGCCCCAACUGAUACUCGUGGGUGUGCUGAGGGUCUCCUCCAGGAGCAGUUUCCUGCAGCUGCAGGACAAGAGCAGCGCACUUUGCUGUGUGAUCUCCCGUAAGGAUGGCAGCCCCUUUGCCCAGACUGCUCUCAUAGGAUCACUCGUGCGGGUGGAAAACUACCAGCUUGUAGUGGAGAGAUUCCUUAAGACUGAUUUUCCCUCCUGGGAACACCUGGAAAAUCUGGAGCAUGUGAGAGAGAAAAAAACUAGUGUCUAUGUGCAGUUCUACUUGGAGGAUGUUCAGGUUCUCCGUGCUGCUGAAGGACAAAUCCAGAAAGGCCUUAGGAGUGGAAACAGCUCCUCUUUGAGGAAUAAGAAAGAUGGCAGCACAGCAUCUGAGCUGGAAACCCCAGAGGCAAAAAUGCUGAAAUUGGAGGAUCCCAAGGCAGACACUGGCAGAGAGAACUGUCAGGGGGGUGAGAGCGGCCCCAGAACAACGAGCUGUGUAUCUCAGCUGUUCCUGGUCACCCAGAAGGAGGGCCUCAUGUCACGCAAUUACCAGCUGCCCACAGAAGGAGAUAAAGAGGCACAUGAGCUGCAGCGCUGUUUCCAGGCCACAGUGCUGUGGCUGGGCAGACCACAGCUCUGGAGCCACCCCAGAGAAACUGGGAACCUAUCGGAGCUGGAGGACACUGGCUGUGAUGGAGAAGAGGGUGUGACGCAGCAAGAAGCACUGCUGCUGUUUCUGGGGAGGUCUCUGCGAUGGUUUCCAUUCCUGCACGUGGACGGACUGUAUCGCUUCACUGUGCCCUGCUGCUCGGACCUGGAAGUGUUUUACAAGCUCUGUUCUCCACCUGUGCCAGCAACAUUCCUGAGCAGGCCAUCAUGCCCCCCGUCGUGCCUGCUUGUCCAAGAUAGCUGGCACUUAGAGCAUGAGACCUGGAUCUCCUGUCUGCCUGAGCACCAGCUCACAGCCCUGUCAGUGCUGACAGGCAUGGACCAGAGAACUGCCUCCAUCCCAGAAGUGCUUAGCAGCAGUUUCACAGGUUCCCUUGUUUCUUUCUGUGGGGAGAUCAUGGAGAGGACCUUGUGUGCCUCUCCCAAGAAUGAGAAGCCACCUGGCCGUCCAAAGCAGACAGAGACUCUGCUGUCCUGGGAUCACAGUGUGAAGCUCAGUGUCUCAGCUGCUCCAGGCUCCCCUGUUGUGAUGGACAUUUACAUUACUGCCACCUACCUGCAGCACCUCAGGGGCUUGCUACCUGGAGCCAAGAUCCUCUUCCAGAACUUGGAACGCAAGAUCUCAAGAUUCUGUAAUGUUUAUUGCACAUACAUUGCCUCCAGCUGUGUGAGCAUCCUAUCUCUGCCAGCUUCUCACCUGCCUUCUAAUCCUGCAGGAGAAGCCUCAUCCCCCUCACUAGUGUUUCUAUCCAGCUUGAGACCUCAGCUGCAAAAUGUGGCCCAGGCCCGGAUUUUAUGCCUCUUGUCCUGUGUACUGACCGUGCGCCUGCAAUGGAUUUGCUCACUUUGCAGCUGCAUCUUCAAAGAGGGGAGGUGCACCCGACACAAUCCUCCAUGUCCAUCACAAACAGGAGUGAGGCAAGCCAGUGCACGGGUGCUGGUGGAGGAUGGAACGGGUGAAGCUGUGGUGCUGUGCAGGAAUGAACAUGUGGCAGCAGUGCUGGGCCUGAGCCUUCUCGAGUGGGAAGCUGUGCAGAACUGUGUGCAGAGCAGGGGCAGCGUGUGCAUUCAGCACGGGGAGGCUCCUGGAGCAGGGUGUCUAGAGGAACCUGAGGAUCUUGUUGCUCAUUACCUAAGGAGUCUGUGCAGAAGUCCUCUCAUAUGUCGCCCCAUCCUGUUGGAUUUCAGCCUAGACAGGAAGCCCUCCAAGAUCCUGCAGCCUGCUCCCCUGCAGCUGCGGAAUUUUCGCUCCGGUGAAGUGGAGUUCGUGUCACGAGUGGGGCCUCGUCCAAGCCUGCUGUGCCUGAAGGUGGAGGAAGUGGGACAAGAUGCCUUAGGCUACCGGAACAGCCAGAGGAUGAGCAGGACAUCCAGUUCCUGCUGAGUGGGAGCCACUGCUUAAUAUCUCUCCCAGUGGGAGCGGAAUUAUGGAAAUACCUACUGUGAUCGGGAGCUUUUUAAAGCUCCUUUCAGGAGGAGCACAGGGUGAAGGGUGCAGUCAAGCAGCUGCUGUGACUUGUGGAAUUCCUGAAUGGUCACUCUGGGCCAUUGUCAGCCAGUGACUCUGGGCUACACUUUGGAAGAGAGAUGUUCAGUGCUUCCUAUGUGACAGCUCUUGCCUUGGGCCUAGGGCACGCAGUGUGUGCAUUUGGUGUGGUAGUAUCUACUAAAUAAAGCUAUG